AUGCCCCGGCUCGCUCUGGUGCUCGCGAUCCUCGCGUGCGCGGUACCCCUCGCGGGUGGCGCGCGACCCCCCGAGGUUGUCCUCGACGCCUCCGCGAGCGCGACCGGCGCGACGCUGCGCGCGUCCUUCACCGAGGGCGACGCUCCGAUUCGUUUGACGUCCGACGCGCUCCUCGCGGGCGUCGAGGGCGGCGCCCCGCUGACGCGCGCGCUGGUGAAGAUCGCCAACCCCACGGACGCGCCCGUCGAACACCUCGGCAUCGACGACGUCUACGCCGGCUGGUACGAACGACACGGCGCGCCGUUCGCGGACGCCGUCCGCGACGUCGCGCGGGAGACGAGCGGACCGGGCGUCGACCUCGCCGCCGUCGCCGCAACCGCGGCGGACCCGGCGUCGUGGAUCGGGCGCGUCACCGUGACGAUCCGGCCCGACGUUGGGGAGUUGGACAUCACCGCGCCUCUCGUGCGCGGCGAAGAACUCCUCGACGCCAUGGCCGCCCCGACCACCCACGCCAUCCGCGAAGCCCUGCGUCACGUCACCUACCGCCACGGAGGCAAGCGCCCGGACACCGCGACGCGAGGCAUCUCCUUCGCCGUCACCGACGCGCGCGGCGCGACGUCCGCACCCGCAGCGUUCCUCGUCGACAUCGUCUCAGUCAACGACCCGCCCGUGCUCGACCUCAACGGCUUACACCGACCGGGCGUGGGGUACGCGUCCACGAUGGGCGAGCACGAGCGCGUGUUGGGGGUGGCGAUGGCGGACGCGGAUUUACACGUGGGCGACCCCGACGGAACUCUCAUCGUCCGCGGCCGCGUGGCGUACGAUCCGACGGGGACGCGACACCUGAGCGGACUUUCCGAGUUUGACUUUCCAGACGGAGACGCCGAGUCGGUGACGCUGAACACGCGGGGAACGUCGGUGACCGGCGCGUGGGACAAACAAACGCGGGCGUUCGAGCUCACCGGACCGGACACCGUGGACGCGUACCGGCGCAUACUCGCGUCGGCUCGGUACGUCAACCGCGGACAGCUCCGGGUGAUUGACACGCAGGCGCCGCCGACGAAGGAGCUGGGGUUCACCGCGGGUGUUCGAAAGUUUACCUUCGAGGUUGAGGAUGUCGACGGCGCGGUGACGCGCGCGGUGGCCGAGGUGCUCGUCAGCGAAAUCGUCCGCGUCGGGGACCCGACCCGGGACGAGCUGCAGCGGACGCCCGAGGAGUGCAGCGGGGCGGGGUACAGGGACGCGGAGGACGAGUUGGGCACCGGAGAUCCGGAGACUUGCGUGUGCGAUCCGGGUUUCGAAGGCGACGAGUGCGAGAUUCACCCGUGCGGAUACCGCGGAACGCUGGUGUUUUUGGACCCCGCGACGGGGGAAAAGACGUGCGAGUGCGUGGACAAGUUCUCCGGGGACGUGUGCGACGUGGAGUGCAGCGGUAACGGUAAAUACGACGAGGACAGCGGCGAGUGUGAGUGCGAAAAAGGAUGGGCGGGGAUACUCUGCGACGCGAAGUGCGACGGCUGCGACGGCGAGUUCGGGGUCUGUUCGCUGACGGCGUUUUCAGCCUCCACGUGGCAGCCGGACACGCAGGAGUACCUGCUGGUGGACACGGUGUGCUCGUGCGUGGACGAUUACAUGGGCGCCAACUGCACCAUCCCUUGUCCGUGCGCCAAGGGCGGCUUCGGCAGAGGAACCUGCGCGGUGGAUUUAGUAAAGCUCGAGAGCGGCGAAUACCCCGACGAAACCCUCGGCGUUUGCAUCUGCCAGGACGGGUACGUGGGCGCCGACUGCACGAUACCGUGCCCGUCGUGUACAUCGGGCCAAGGCACGUGUCGGCCCCCGGUUGGGUACGAGGAUGGGGUCGGGGCGACGCUGUUGGAACUCGCGGGGACGUACGCGGGAUCGACGUUAACCGCCAAAGUUUUUGAAACCACCGUCAACGGCACGUGCGCGUGCGACGCGAGCGUCGAGAACGUCUUUGGCGGUUACGGAUACGCCGGCGACGACUGCUCGGUGCCGUGCCGGCCGUGCGACAUGGGCGAGUGCCAGGUGGACGGAACGUGCCGGUGCUUUCCCGGAUACUCCGGGUGGCGGUGCCAGGACCAGUGCAACGGCAACGGGAUCAUCCUCUUCCCCGAGUUCAACGAGACGUACACCGCCGCAGAUUUCGAUAACCUCCCGCUGGUCCCGGGCAACGCGAAUUACAACUCCAGCGGCCUGUUCGACGUGUACGAGCUCUACGGCGUGUCGCAGACGCCGACGAACGACACGUCGGCGUAUUGCGCGUGCGGGUACAGGCGAAACGCCGACACCGACGCGGUGGAGCCGAUACCGUUGAACGAGCUGCCGUUCAACGCCGAAAACGGUCAGGGAUACACCGGCCCGUUCUGCGACGUCCCGUGCGAUCCGUGCCUCGCGACCAACGGCAAAUGCGAGUACGACGGCGCGCGGGGCGUGUGCGACUGCUUCAAGGACGCGCCCAACGCCAAGGGGUCGGAGAGUAAGCUUUUGCCCGCGGGGACGAAGGGGUUUGGAUUUGUCGGGCCGUCGUGCUUUUAUCCGUGCGAGCCGUGCUUCAACGGGACGUGCUCGUCCGAGCCCGGGUCGUACGGGAAGUGCGUGUGCGCGCCGGGUUUCUCCGAUCCCGCGUGUCUGAUCGAGUGCGGGGACCCGGGCAUGGCGUACGCGUUUCAGGAGCGGGAGGAUGCCGCGUUCGGCAUGACCAUCGGGCAGAUCUCCGCGGGGGAGGUGUACAUCGGCAGCCGCGGCGUCGUUAACCUCACGGGCGCGGAACCCGGCGCGGGUUUGCAGGGCACCAGCGUGACGUGCGAGUGCGACUACAUGUGGACCGGUCCCACGUGUUCGCACCCGUGCCCGUACCCGUACGACGAGGCGCACGGUGAGUUUAUUUUCAUUUUCGUAUGGGCAAUUAGUAUGACGUGGUUUUUUUUAACAGGGAUAUGCGUCGUGAAAGACCCGGCGGAUUCCGACUACGGCAAGCCGUGGACCGCCGAGGUUGUGUGCGAAGACGGCUGGACGGGUUUGCCGGAGGAGUCGCUUCAGCUCGUGUCCAGCGCGCCGAGCCGCGGUCGCAACUGCUCGAUGCCGUGCUUCGACUGCGUCCACGGCGCGUGUCAGGACGACGGCAGCUGCCUCUGCGACUACGGGUACAUAUGGCAGGGGCCCCUGGCGGCGACUUCAGACGUGGGAGAGAGGGAACCCAUCAGCCCGUUUCCGGAGCUGCUGUACGGACCGUUUUACCAGGAGAGGUACCACACGUGCGCGGCGAAGCAUCCGUGCAACAUGAACGGCGAGCUGUUCAACGCGACGUGCGGCCCAAACGGCGGGAACGGUUUCGUCGAUAACUUGACCGCCUGGACGGUUUUGGACGCCGACGGUAACGGCGGGUACGGAUGCACCGGCGUCAUCGUCAACGGAACGCAGUGCGUCGACGAAAACACCGGGGCUCCCGCGCCCAACCUGUUCUCGAUGGCGUACGCGGUGUGGGACACGUUCGUGAGUAACUUUGUUCGCACGGACCAGUCGAAGCGGCUCUUCGACCAGUGGGGACAGGUGCAGGGGGGAUACUGCGACGUCGACGACGUCGACCUCGUCGAGGGCCAACCGUUCCACGGGGGGUACUGCGUUUGCGAUUCCAUACGCAACGCGCGAUUCGAACACCCGAGCGCCAAGGGUUUCGAGAGCAAGGGAUACGACUACUACUUCCAGGGCUGGGCCGGGGAUCGAUGCGAGAUUCCGUGCGCCCCCUGCAGCGAGAACGGCUUGUGCAACGCGCAGACUGGCGAGUGCGAUUGCUUCGAGGGUUGGGCGGGGUUCCGGUGCCUCACGCCGUGCGAGCCGUGCGACCACGGCACGUGCCAGUACGACGGAACCUGUCUGUGCGACGGCACGCGGCGGCUUCAGGAGGGCACUUACGCCCUGCGCCUGACCCGCGACCCUUUUUACGUCGAACGCGGCGAGCACGUGUACGAGGUUCAGGGCGAGAAGAGGUCUCGUUACGUGCACCCGGUGUACAUGCACACGUACGACUUGGAGGAUUAUGUCUGGGAGCUGGAGUACGAGUGCCCGAACCGCGCCGAGUGCCGCGAUAGAACGCCGGAUACGCACCUGCCGACGCGACCCAACGAGACGUACUUCCGGUACACCACCCCCAACAUCAUCGAGGUUCUCAAGGUUAACGACGAGCUCAAGGAGCUCCAGGCGUAUCGAGACUCCCUCGUCACGGACGUGGAGGGCGUUCCGGGGUCCAUGGAAGACGACGAAGUCUGCGAGUACACCGACGUGACCAACGUCGUGGAAAAGGGCAAGUGCUUGGAGAAGAUGCGCGAUAAGCUGUUCGGCCGGACGACGCGGGGGUGCGGCACGGAGUGGGACUCGAUCCGCCCGUGGGACUGCGACGACGUCGUCAAGUCGCACUUUGUCCGCGAACGCAACCUCGAGCUCGGCAAGGUUGAGGUGAUGUCGAUGAAAUCGGUGCAGUCCACCGAGGCUGAGAACGUGUGGUUCGCGAACAACGUCAACGAGCGACAGCGUCUGAUAAACACGAUGACGCGCGGCAGGUUCAACGCCUCGACGGGCGCGUUCGAGACGAUUCGAGACCCGGACUACCACAUGAUCUGGAUCGUGCAUCAGCUCAUCCACGGCGUCACCUCCGGGGAUGGGUACACCGGCUGGCAGUGUUCGGUGAAGUGCGAGGAGUGCGACCCGGACCACGGGACGUGUCAGUACGACGGGACGUGCGAGUGCGCCGAAGGCUGGUACGGCCCGUCGUGCAACAGGCGGUGCGACUGUUACAGACACGUCGCCGUGAAAAACGCGUUGGAGUUGAGGGACCAGACGGAGGAUGUCAUGCUCGAGGCGGUUGAGUCGCACUCGGGUUUUCCCAUUCAGCCGCACGGGACGUGCCAGCGGGAUGGAUCGUGCCGUUGCUACGCGGACCCCGACGGCACGCAGUGGACGGGCCGCGACUGCUUCACGAGGUGCAAGCCGUGCUCGCACGGGCGCUGCCGGAGCGACGGCGAGUGCGAGUGCGAGUUGGGGUGGACCGGGGAGUCGUGCGAUACCCCUCGAUUCGUCCAGUGCUUCCCGUGCGAUUUCGAGCACGGGAUGUGCCUGUCUGACGGGACGUGCAAGUGCCUGAGGGGGUACACCGGGUACGACUGCUCGCUCAAGUGCUCCCCGUGCGUGCACGGGGACUGUCAGAUGGACGGACAGUGCUACUGCCGACCGGGUUGGACGCUGCCCGACUGCUCCAAGAAGAUUUGGGACGGCGGCGUCAUCCGAUCGGAUUUUUCGCUGAGCGCCGAGGGAUGGCGCGUGCACAACAACUCGUGCCCCGGGACGUUCGAGUACGUCGAGGGCGCGGAGAUGGACCACGGCACGGAGGGCGCGGCGACGAUCCGCGGACGGUGCCUCGGCGACGGCGACGGCGACGGCGAUUCCGGCCUCGAAUGGGACGGCGCCUCGGGAUUCCUCUACCUCACCGACAGGCUCCCGAGGGACGGUCCUGGCGAGAUUGCGUACUUUCGCGCCCCCGCCAAGUUCCUCGGCGAUAAACUCGACGACGCGUACAACGCCACGCUGGCGUACGAGCUGUACCUCGCGGGCGGCGGGGAUCCGUUUCGAAACGCCGCGGCGACGCCGACGACGCCGCACGAACCCGGAAGCGACGCGGAACAAUCGCCGGAUGUCAUCCUCGUCGGGGGCAAACCCCGGCACAAGGUGGAGCUGCCCCCGUGGGACAUCUGGGACAAACACUCGGUGUACGAGUGGUCCAGAGAAAACUUCCCGGAGCUCCCGCUGAACGUUCGUUGGAGUAAAGACCGGCUGGUGCGAACCGUGGAGGCGUACCUCGACACGCCGCAAGUCGUCCUCGGCAUCCGAGCUCUCCGAGUGCCGCACUACCCCCCCGAGACGUGCGUCGCCGAGCACUGCUCCGUCAACUUCAACUUCGACCUGAUCGAAACCGCGGGAUGGUUCAACAUGCACACGAUCCCGCAGGGAUUCGGGUGGUCGGACGUCGAUCCCGGCGAUGGCGACGAGCGCGGCGAUCGCGAAGCUCGCGACUUCGUGUAUCAAACCGACGGGACCGAAUACGUCGGGAAAAAGGCUGGCGCGCCGUACGACCCGUUCGCCGGCGUGACUCGCGAGCAGUUCAGCACCGGAGGGUCCACCGGAGUCCCAACCCCGGAUCCGAGGGCGACGGUCGGCACGAGGGGCGACGGCGGCGAGCCGACGUUCAUCUGGGAACGGGGCGACGGCGCCUCCGUGCCGAACAGGGGCAACCCCGACCUGGCGACGGUGCUUCAGUCCGUCGCCGACGCCGGCGGGGACCCGACGUCGACGCGCGCGGUCCUGGCCGCCAUAGCGGAUCCGUUCAAGCCCGGGUACGACUGGCAAAAGCCCGGGGCGCAGGGAGCGUACCCUCCGGGACGAUACCCCGGCGGCGGCGGGUUCGCCGGCACGUGGAGCAACUCGGAGAAUCACCCCAGCUCCAACGACGGCGGGUGGAGGUCCGCGCGCCGAGGCGACGAGCGCAGGCGUUGGGACGUCCUCCCAGAGGUGUACGAGGCCGUGGCACGGAACAGGGCGAGCCGGGUGGGGCUGCCCGCGAGCUUCAGCGACAUGGCGUGGUGCCUGUCGUCGCUCACCGAGGUUUUGAUCCGGGCGGAUUACUACGGGGACGAUUUGUACCGGAAAUCAGCCGAGCGCUUCGCGGCUACGAACGCGAUGGGACCCGGCGAGACGGUCCGUCUGGACCACGUGAUGAUCGCGAAGAAGGACCCGUACGUGGAUCCGGAGCACUGGCUCGCGUUGGAGUUUGCGGCUUUCAUGCGUUGGAUCGAUCGCUACAGUCGCGACUACUCCGUCAAGUACCUCUCCGACUACUUCGCCGACUACAACGAAACUUUGAGGCUGUCCAUCUGCAGCGGCAACGGCGCGUACAAGGACGGCGACCCCGCGCUGGGGUGCGUCUGCUACGAGAACUGGCUCGGGGAGGCUUGCGAGCUCGCGUGCCCCGCGUGCGUCAACGGCGUCUGCGCCCCGGGCCCCGUCGCGGCGGACGGCAACGCGACGGCUGUGUGCGAAUGCGACGAGGGCUGGGCCGGGACCCUCUGCGACGUCGAGUGUCCCCCGUGCGAUUACACCCGAUCGAAAUGUUCCACGGACGAGGCGGGCCAACCUUCGUGCGUGUGCGACGCCGGGUACGGCGGCGCGUACUGCCAGCUCGACUGCCCGCCGUGCGACUACGAAGUUUCGAGCUGCGGAUCCGCCACCUACAUCGGCGAAUUUCCCGGGACGGCGGCGACGUGCGCUUGCGACGAUCCGACCCAACGGACGGGCAUCCUGUGCGAGCUGGUGUGCCCGCAGCCCAACUGCGGCAACGGCGCGUGCGCGCACGCGCUCGAGGGGAGGUCCUAUGACGACACCACGGUGCAGCAGCGCGCGGGGGAUAACGCCUUUUGCCGGUGCGACUCCGGCUGGGUCGGCCCGUUUUGCGACGAUCCGUGCCCCGGCGGGUUAAACCACCCGACGAUCCCGGGGCCGGAGCCGUGUCUCGGCAGGGGUGAGUGCGCCCUCGGGUCGUCGGGCACCGCGGUGUGCAACUGCGUGACUGGGUACAUCGGGCAAUCGUGCGAUCAGGCCAUCGGCGUGUGCGGCGACGGGUUGGUCAAUCCCGGGGAGGAGUGCGACGACGGAAACGCCGAUAACCUGGACGGGUGCGACAACGGAGCGUGCCGAGGAGCGACGUGAAACAAGUGGACGGGGUCGCGCCGUCGCUGAUAUCGCAGUGCACGUGUCCGGGGAUCCUCUCCCCGGUGCUGGGCUGCCUGGUUGCCUAAAAUUUAAUUAUUCAUUUAGUUUCUAGUCAUGAUCG